AGGCGGGAGACGGCUCUGCUGAGCCCUGCUAGUGACUCGUGGAGUGACGCGGGGGCCGUGCCCUGGCCCGGGAGUAUUAGCGAGUAUCCCUGAACGGAUGGAGAAAAAGAAAAUUCUAAUGAAAUCCAAGGUUGCUGCUUCGAACCUCCUGCGGGCACUGCAUUCUCUGUACCAGUUCGGUCACCUCUGUGAUGUGAGAGUUCACACAGAACAUCUAGGAAUUCAGGAGGAGUUUCUGGUUCACAAAGCUGUCUUGGCAGCUUCCAGCAACUAUUUUAAGGGGCUUUUUCUGCAUGAUGAAAUGUUGGACGCUAAGAACUGCACAGUGACUCUACAAGACAUUUACACAGAAGAGUUCACCUCCUUUCUGGAGUUUGUUUACACUGCAGAGGUAGAGAUUGAAGCAGAAAAAUUGCACCGGAUGAAAGAAAUAGCUGAAAGACUUGAGUGCAAGGAUUUACUUGAUAUUUGCGAAGAAGUGAGGGCAGAGGGCAAGAAAGGUUUAGAUCUGAGCCUCCAUCUGAAAGGUCAGCUAUGUGAAAAUGGUGGAUCACAGUGGACUUGCAUCCAGCAAGAGGAAGACCGCAAACUAAGUAACUCUUCCCAAGUUGUGGCUAUGCCUCACACACAGAGGAAACUUUGGCACAGGCGAAAACAUAGAAAGUUGCUGGCUGGCUAUGAACUCAUUGACGGCCAACCAGCAAAUCUUGAGCAAGCGGGCACUGCUUUUCCAGAAUCAAAACCUAGGAGAGCAAAGUUACCAAAAUGUAACAAGACAGAUACCAAAAAGAGAAUCAGCAUGAGUAUCACUGGUCUGGGAAAUGAGACUAGUCAUUCACUCUUAAGUCAGACUGACUCAAAGGAAGCCUGUGUAGUAAUUAGAAACACGCUGCCUGAGCAGUGGGAAGAUGAAAACAGUUUAAUUUCCAAACUUGCCAGUAAAACUGAACGUCGGAAAUCACCGCGGCAUGUGGCAAAAGUCUUGCCACGGAUUGCAUGUGAGAAGUGUAAUGAAUCGUUCCAUUUCAUCAAGCAGUAUCGGUCACACAUGGAGCUCAAGCAUGACAUUAAUCUUGCUGUCAAGUACAGCUGUAACAUAUGCGACCAGCUCUUCUCCAGUCACCAGAACCUCAGGCAGCACUUGCUUACUGUUCACAAUGAUGAGCGAUGCUUCUCCUGCAUGUUCUGUGACAAGAGGUUUAAGCGCCAGAAGGACAUAAACGACCAUAUCCGGAGAGUGCAUGAAAAGAAGCGGGAUCCCCAGGCGUGCCCAUACUGUGACAAGGUUAUCAGUUCCAAGUGUGGCCUGACAGUCCAUAUACGAACGCACACGGGGGAGAAACCUUAUAAAUGUGAACAGUGCCCUGCAAGCUUUGCUCAGAGAUCUGCUUACAAUACUCAUGUAAGAAAAAUCCAUGAAUCUGGGCAAGGAAGGAAACUUAUGCCAGUCUAUUGGAUGGUAGUUCCACCUGCACAUAGACCAAAUGCAACAAACUGUGAAAAAGAUGCUGGCAGAGAGGCAUGGGACAGGACACCAGAGGCUGAACUACGAAGGUGUGUGAGGCACAGAGAGGCCACCAGUUGUGAGGAAGAACCUGCAGCUUCAUCUGUUACCGAAGAAGAUUGUAGCAAUGGUCAAGAGGAAAGGAAGCGGAAGGAUAAAGACAGUGAAGCAAGAAGGGGAAAAGGGAAUGGAGAAGGAAAGGAAGAUGAAGGUGAAAUGAGCAUGAAAGGAGAGCAGGAGGGAGAUUACGAAGCAGGGUAUUUGGAAGUUGAAGACAGUAAGGACAAUGAGGAGGUCUGUACGGAGGAGGAGGAGGAGGAGGAGAGUAAUGAAUACUCUAAUGAGAAGGAAGCUGAAGAACUUGAGUCAGAUGAUGACUUUAAAAUAAAGAAGGUAAUUAAAAAUGGGGUGAAUAAGAAAUCUGCCUAUGUAAUAACAUGUGAUAAAUGUAAUGAGCAGUUUGUUUCCCGGAAAAAGUAUGUGGAUCACUGCAGAGAUGUCCAUCAAUGCUUGCCUGGUAAAAUUUAUCGAUGUGACAUCUGCAGCAAGUCGUUUGCUAGUUGCAACAGCUGGAAAGAGCACCGAGCAUGCGUCCACACUGAAGAAAGGCAGUUUGCCUGCACCCUUUGCAAUGCUACUUUUAAAAGAAAGAGAGAUGUGAGAACACAUUAUAUGCGGAAGCAUGAAGGUAGAGUCAAACGCCCUCUCUGUUCUGUCUGCGGGAAGAUCCUCAGCUCCCGAACAGCACUAGUGUUUCAUAUGCGGACACAUACAGGAGAAAAACCUUACGAAUGUGGCGUUUGUCGUUCAAAAUUUGCUCAACCGUCACAGCUUAAGAUCCAUACCAGGUCCCAUACAGGGGAAAAGCCAUAUAUUUGUGAGGACUGUGGGGCUUGCUUUGUUGAUAAAGGCAAACUCACCAGCCACAAAAGGACCCAUACAGGAGAGCGCCUUUUUAAAUGUGAUGUGUGUGGAAAACAUUUUACUACCAAUGAAUACUUAAAAUGCCACAAGCGAUGCCACAUGGGGGCUAAGCCAUACAAAUGUGAGGUUUGUGGGAAAACGUUUGGAUUGAGAGCCUCGCUAGCCCAGCACAGUAACGUCCAUGCAGAGACCCGUCCAUACUUCUGUGAACAAUGCGGAAAAACGUUCACGCAGCAAGGUGCUCUCCGGCGCCACCAGCGUAUUCACACUGGGGAAAAGCCAUAUAAAUGCAGAGCUUGCGAGAAAACCUUUGCAGAUAUGUCCACCUUGCGGAGACAUGUGUUGAUUCACGACCGGAAUGCUCACUGGAGAAGUUUCUUAAUAGAUCUGGCAACCAAAAAAGACCAUAAUUGGUCCAAAAUAGAAACAUUAUCAGAAGCCUGUAUGGGUGAAGACUCAGCACCUGAAAUUUGGUCAGUUGACCAAGGUAAACUUUAUAAACCAGAAAGUAUUAUUCUUAAAAAAGUAGAACACAUGCCAUCUAGUGUUAAUAACGCACGAGACACUGAUCGUUCUCUUUUAUACUUAUAACAUCAGGUUUUCACCAGAAAACUGUGCAAUCUGUCCAUGCUAUAAAAGGCUAAACUAUUUCAAAUCUUUGUGUGUUGUAACUGCCUCAUUAAGCUAUUAAUAUAGUGCAGUAUCUUCUUUAUACACAUGGUCUGAAAUUAUAUACAUUGCAGUCAGAGAAAGGAUUCAUGAUUCUUAUUAAAAGAAUGUAUGCCGGUUAAGAUUUUAGAUAUGUACAUAAUUUUAUUUUUCACAAAGUCUUGAAUACAUCAAAUUAUAAAAUAUCUGUUUACGAAAGCAUAUAUAUGGUUUGCGUUUGCAUGUGUGUACCUAUAUACACAUGUAUUUUCUCUUACUGCAAAUUACUGUCUUUUUUAAUAAAGACAUGUUCAUACCAUCGUGUAACUAAUUUAUUUGCAUGUAUUUGAUUGUAGAAUGUUUUCCCUGAUAAAUAUGAAACUUGUUAAUAUUGCUGUGGAUUGUUAUAAACUGACUAGAAGGUAAACGCUUAACUGGUGAUGGGGCUGUGGUGUUAUGUUGUUUCUGUUCUCUUCAUUUUGAGUUGUUUCGGUGCUCUUUUCGUUUAGCUUUUAAACAUAAUUUCUGUGUACACUUGUCAUUCCUCGACAUUAUUCCUUAAAAAUGAUGGACGUAUAGUACAGCUACGCAUGUAAUAAAUAACAAAUGACCAAAAGCUUGGCUUCGUCUUGUAAUGCGAAACACUGAAUUUACAACUUUGAUUUGGCCUUCAGGGUCUGUUGUAUUUUUAGCGAGCGGACAGCUUGGGCAUUCACCGUUCCCUGGGGUUUCCUUGGGAGGUUAGGAUGGGAGCACGCUGAGAGAAGAUGCUUCAUCAUGGUCCCAGCCGUGCAUGAAACGCUGUGACUGCGAUCUUUAAGGCUUGAAAGUCCCAGCAGUUAGCGGUGAACUUGCAGGAACGGGUGCAGCAGCUGGAGAGACAAGAUUUCGGUGGGUAACGGCACAAAAUGGCUGCUGUCGAGUCAGGCACGGCUGCUAAAUAUGAACUGGCACUGAGGGA